CGGUCUCGGCCCAGAGGGACACGGCCUCUUGCGCUCUCUCUCUCUCUCCUGCUCUCCACGCGUGCUGCAACCUCCGCCGCCGCCGCCGCCGCCACACCGGCCGCUCUGCGCCACGAGCCGCACGUCCAGCCACGCCGCCCUCGCUCCAAGAGACACCUGUGAGGGCCCGAGAUGGUGUUUCCGACGCGCCGUUCCAGCAUCGCCCCGCGCGUGGCCCUGGGCCGCUCGCGUCAAGCGCUACGAGCCUGGGGCUGGGUGGCGUCGGGUGCCCUCGCGCUCCUCUCCACGCUGGGCCUCUACCUCGUCGACCCGCUCGACCAGAUCCUCUCCUGGCAAACGACGUUACAACCGGGGACGCUCGCGUACACUUUCUGGGACCAGCCCCUUGACGUGCUGUACAUCCGCACCUUCAUCUUCAACAUCACCAACGCAGAAGCCUUCCUCAGCGGCGAGGAGAAGAUGAACCUGCAGGAGAUCGGCCCAUUCGUCUACCGGGAAGUGACAGUGUUCGCCAACCUGACGGUGCACGACAACGACACCGCCUCUUUCAGCGCGAACCGCACCCUGGAGUUCCUGCCGCACCUGAGCGUCGGGGACCCCAAGGACUAUGUCGUAACGGUGCCCAACUUGCCUCUGCUGGGCGCGGCUGCGAUGCUGGGCGAGUCGGCGCUGGUGACCAACCUGGCGCUGCGCAGCCUGGCGCUGUUCGUGGGCGCGAGGCCGCUGCUCACCAUGACGGCCGACAAGGUGCUGUGGGGCUACGACGACCCGCUCGUCUCCAUGGCGCACUCCGUCGCGCCCUCUUUCGUCGACUUCAAGCGCCUCGGCCUGCUUGACCGGAUGUACACGGAGGUGGACGACGUGGUGGUGCGCGCCGGGCGCAACGGCGGCGUGGACCCCAAGGCGAAGGUGGCGGAGGACGUGUACUCCAUCCAGACGUACCGCGGCGCCACGGGCUUCCCGCACUGGGGCCACGGCGUGCAGCCGCGCUUCGAUCCGCUCACGGGCGAGGCGCUGCCCGCCCACCUGUCGUGCGACACCGUGAAGGGCUCCUACGAGGGCGUGCUCUUCCCCAGGAACGUGAGGCCCGAGCAGCGCAUGUACGUGUACCGCAAGCAGUUCUGCCGCUCCGCGCCCAUCGUCUACCAAAACGACGGCUUCACGGAAGAGGGCUACCGCUACAUGCUGUAUCACGUGGACAUGAACCCGCUGAUCGACCCGGACGACCGAGAAAACCAGUGCUACUGCACCAGGACCUUCGGCAGCAACUCGGGCUGCAUGCCCCCCGGCUUCAGCUCCAUCGCGCCCUGCUUCUACACACUACAAAAUAAACUCACUGGGCUGAAUCCAAACCGUGAUGAACACUUAUCCUACUUCAGAUUACAACCGGAGACGGGAAUCCCACUGAACAUCCGCUGCCGCCUCCAGAUCAACCUGAUGAUGGGCCACACGCGCCUGUCCAUCACGCAGCCCUUCGACCACAUGGCGCUGCCCAUCAUGUGGGUGGACAUGACGAUGGACCUGCCGGACAACUACAAGAGGCUGGUGCACCUGGCGGUGAUCGUGGGGCCGGCGGCGCAGACGGUGCUGCUGGUGCUGAGUGCGCUGGCGGGCGCCGCCAUGGUGGCGUGGGGGCUGGUGCUGCGGCGGCGGCUGCACGCGUCGGGCGACCGCCGCCUCAGCGAGCGGGCCCGCUCCCCGCGCGCGCCCGCGCUGCACCUCACGCAGCGCCUCACCCAGCACAUGGACUCCGCGCACUGA